AGGCGGCGGUGUGGGGAGCGGAGCGGGAGGAGGCGGCGGCGGAGCGUGAUGGGCGCCUGACGCCCGGCCCGUCCCGCCGCCGAGGGACGAUGGCGCGGCCCCGCGGCGGGCGGUGGCUGCUGGGUGUCCUGCUGGCCCUGUGCCGCCUCGCCGCGCCGCUCGCCAAGAGCCUGGAGCCGGUGUCGUGGAGCUCCGCGAACCCCAAGUUCAUGACUGGGAAGGGGCUGGUCAUCUACCCAGAGAUUGGGGACAAACUGGACAUUAUCUGCCCCAGGGCGGAGCCGUCCAAGCCUUACGAGUACUACAAGCUGUACCUGGUGCGGAAGGAGCAGGCGGAUGCCUGCAGCACUGUCAUGGACCCCAACGUGCUGGUGACGUGCAACCGGCCCGAGCAGGAGAUCCGCUUCACCAUCAAGUUCCAGGAGUUCAGCCCCAACUACAUGGGCCUGGAAUUCAAGAGGCAGCAGGAUUACUUCAUCACAUCCACUUCCAACGGCACGCUGGAUGGCCUGGAGAACCGGGAGGGAGGGGUCUGCCAGACACGCUCCAUGAAGAUUGUCAUGAAAGUGGGGCAGGAUCCAAAUGCGGUGAUCCCAGAGCAGCUGACGACGAGUCGGCCGAGCAAGGAGUCGGAUGACACCGUGAAGGUCGUCACGCAGAGCCCGCGCAGCAAGGUCCCAGCAGUGGAGGAGCCUGGCAAGCCAGGCUCCGUCAACCAGGACGGCCAGGAGACCCAAGGUCCCAGCGAUGGCUUCCUGAGCUCCAAGGUGGCCGUGUUCGCCGCCAUCGGCGCCGGCUGCGUCAUCUUCAUCCUCAUCAUCAUCUUCCUCGUCGUGCUCCUGAUCAAGAUCCGCAAGCGGCACCGGAAGCACACGCAGCAGCGAGCCGCAGCCUUGUCCCUCAGCACCUUGGCCAGCCCCAAAUGCAGCGGGAACGCGGGCUCGGAGCCCAGCGACAUCAUCAUCCCCUUACGGACUACAGAGAACAACUACUGCCCGCACUACGAGAAGGUGAGCGGGGACUACGGGCACCCCGUCUACAUCGUGCAGGAGAUGCCCCCGCAGAGCCCAGCCAACAUUUACUACAAGGUGUGAGGAGCAGCCUGGGCAGGGCCGAUGCAGCAGCGCGGGAGCGCCGGGCGCGGGGCUGGCGCCGCAGGGAGGAAGCGACACGUCCCCCCCAGGCACGGCGCGGGGAGCGGCGCCGGGGAGCGGAGGGCUCAACGCUCACCUGCUGAUUCUCCCCUUUGUAUUUAGUUUUGUAGUUCUCAGCUUUUGUAAUCCCGAGACUCUUGAGGGUGAGCCUUCAGCCUCCUCUUCUUCUCCAGACUGUGGCCGGCCGUGGGGGGCGGGCGCCGUGCCUUUCCGUGCUCGGGACACCGCUGGCAAACCCGGAGACUCCACCUCCCCUUUGUGGUUGGGAUUUCCCCGCGUUACCCUCGGGCCCUGCAGGAAGUGCCCGCCAGCACUGCGGGGUCCCGGGCCUGGAGCGACGCCGGGGCCUCGGGUCCCAGGAGCAGCGGGCGCACAGGGGGAUGGGGAGGAGGAGGAUGCUUUGCCAAGGUGCCAAGAUGCAGACAACUGUGCAGGGAGGAAGCUGGCAAACCCGAUUUAC